GAGAGGCCUCAGUAGCCAACACGUGCCGCCAGGACUUUCCCUGAAGCUAGUCGCGUGCUGUCCGCCCUGGUGUCUUGUUUUGUAACUAAUUGCUCGCUGGUCGCUGGUCGUGGUGCGUGGGUCUCGACCGUGUGUGUGUUUUGUUCCUGUUGUGUUGUGCGGUGAAACGUCGUGGCCGGUGUCCGCACGGACCCGGGUGAGCGUGCCGGGUCGUCGUCAUUUACUUGGCCAGUAGUGCAAGGACCCGGCCUCCACCACGCUGAACUUCACGGACUUCUCGGCCACCUACCCGACGAGCAUGUCGUCGGGAGGUGCAGCCGAUCCGCUGGACUCAGAAGUGGUGUCCAGCAAGUCCGCCUUUAUGGAGCUGCAGAGCCAAGGGCUCGGUGGUGCUCCCGGACCUCACCAACCGUACCCCCUUCGUUCUCCGUACCCGGGCCCUCCGGGGCAAGGUCAUGAUGGUGCGGGGGGUUUCCAGCAAGCCCCCCGGGGGCUAGGGGCUUACCCAUUCCCCAUCAACAACGGACCUCUGCAUAACUCUUACGCCACUCAUCCGACGCAUCCGUACCUCAGCACGUAUCCGGGAGGACCGUGUGGUCCGUGCCCUUCGCCUCCUCGGGACGGGGACUGGGGACUGCGGUACUGUGGACAGCUGGUACACCUUCCCAAAUCCGAGGACAUCAAAGGAAAACACGACAAAUCUCAACUGGAAGAAACGCUCAGGGUGAACGGCAAGGGAAAGAAGAUGAGGAAACCCCGCACCAUCUACUCUAGCCUUCAGCUUCAGCAACUCAACAGGAGGUUCCAAAGAACGCAGUACCUGGCACUCCCGGAGCGGGCGGAACUCGCUGCUUCUCUGGGACUCACGCAAACGCAGGUCAAGAUCUGGUUCCAGAACCGACGGUCAAAAUACAAGAAGAUGCUCAAGGCUCAGCAGCAGGGUGGCGGCGGAGCGCCCCCAACUCCGGGUAGCGGUAACGGAGGCGCCAACGGAGGCAGCGGAGGCGGCGCUGGGACGCCUCGGACGCCCACACAGCCGCCACACACCCCUAACCCGGCGCCAGGAACUCCCGGACCACCGUCGUUGGGUCCUCCGGCUUCUGCGGGCACGCCGCAGUCGCCCAGUGAACCGUCACCCGGCCCUCAAAGUCCACCGAUGCCCAACCACCAUCAUCCGCACCCCCAUCAGCAUCACCAGCACAUGCCUCCAGGCACGGCGACAAGUCUCACGCCGCCAGCCAUGUCGCCACCACUCAACACUUGGGACAUGCAUCCUGCUAAAGCGGUCGCCAUGUCAGGUUAUAUGCCGCAGUACACGUGGUACCACCAAGCGGACCCUUCUAUGAACCAACAGAUUCUCACCUAGCGGUGGUUUUCUAAAGCGGCUUCACGUGUAUAGGUGGUGUUUAAAAGGUUGAACUCAUUGCGUGAUUUGAACUCCGGGACUCCGGGGCUAAGCGACCGCCGUGGAGGACUGUGGUCUCAAGCUUCGUUCAAACUGUGAUCUCUCUCGUAUAUCUUGUGGCCCGUUGUUCGCCGAGUGGUGCUGUGCCGUUCUCUCGAGUGGUGUUCGAUAGUGUGGUUUUGAGGAGCUGCCUCAAUGCACAGCUUCGCGCUCGCCAGAAAUCACAUUGUACGGUCUUUCGCCAAUGGAGACCUUGGAAGGUACCUGGAAUUUGUUCGGAAAGUAGCGUUCCAAACGCUUGCCGCAACUGCAGUCUUAGAUAGAUUGCAAUUUUAUUACAUAUUGGACUACCUCAAUCUUUUGAAGCCAAGCGGUUGCAUCCUGAUUACCAUUUCCUUUCUCUACAGAAGAAAAUGCCGACCUAAAGCAAACUUGAAAGAAAAAAGGAAUGUCAUCAUGGGCAUGCUACGGUAUGAGCUCAUCAGCUCAUCUUUCUACGCUUAUUUCUUUUUCCAUUUCCUUCGUUAUCUUUCACUAUAAGUGCUAUAGAGUGGCGGGCAUCCUUGUUGGUGAACUCUACAUCUCCACGUUUUUCUUGCUCUCUUUUGUUUCCCCCAAUACAAUACAAUACUGUAUGAGCUCAAGUACAGCACAAACUAUUUAUUAACUAGAACGCUGCCAUCAAGCGCCAAAAUCAAUAAAAAAAACAUGAAUUAAUAUCUCGAUGAGUGGGUAUUUACAGUCGAAAAAGAAAAACAGAAAAAUCACCUGGCAUAACUAUGAGAGAAACUUAAUGUACCUAUUUAUUUAUAUUUCGCGCCACUCGAUUCAUUGCGUGUGUCGCAAAUAAUGUCUCUCCGCGUCAUCACUGCCCUUCUUAGUGAGACCAAGCGUUGACAGGAAAGCUUUAAAGGGGCAGUCCACGAGCGCCUUGACCACGCCACCUGUCGUCGAAUACCAUACACAUCCUCCUCUUGCUAACCCUCCCCUUUCCCUACACGCUUUUGCGUUACUUGGUAUUCUGACGUAGAGUCCUGCUGUAUACUCCCUUCAUCUCGGUACUGCUAGCAGUACCGAGCUUCCAAAUGCUGUUGUUUCCUUUUUUUUUUUUUUUUUACAAAGCCACGGAAGAAUUUCCCGCCAGCAUGCGGCGUGGCAAGGAUGCUCCGGGGCUGUGCCUUUAAGUGGCGUUAUUUAAGUAAUGUAACAUGUGUAGAGAAGGAAAGGCUGAACUUACCGCUGCCACGUGUGCCUGGGCCACAGAUUGUACAUAUUCGCACACGUGCAAAAGCAUCAUGUCAUCUGUAAAAUGAGAUUUAUGAACAUGAGAAGAGACGUUCAUUAAAGUUGUACAGGCGUGAAGUCGAGAACAUUCCUUGUCGAUGUUCUCUCUGAGUGGCGUUCCAUGUGUCCGAUGGUGUAUAUUAUUUUGAAGGCGUCUUCAAAUAAACGUAUCUUAUGGUUGUACAGAACCAGAAAAGUGA